AUGAUGUCUCCAUCCUCCGUAUUCCGCACUCCCGUACUUGUACUAGUAAACGAUGAUGCAGCUCUCUCCCCACCAGAGAACGGAACACACCGGGAUCUGCAACAUAGCCAAAGCAUCAUAAAAUGCCCUCCUCGGCCCCCCUCAUCCGUGCCAACAAAACAAACGCACACAAACCCGAAAUCCCAAUCAGCUACGACAUCAACAUCCCCUACGUUGACGUCGAAAAAACAAUCCAAGAUCAAAACCCCAUACCCUCAAUACCUCCCAACCUGGGACCCAAUCUGGUUCGACCCCCUCCCACCAUUCGAAUACAACGACCCAGCCCUCCGCGCCUGCAAACACAAACCAAACCUCCUCCCCCCAUCCAACCCCUCCAUAAAGAUAACCCACAUCCAACCCAACAUCGGCACAACAAUCGAAGGCCUCCAACUAAACACCCUCACCGACGCCGCCAAAGAUGAACUCGCCCUCCUCAUCUCCGAGCGCAAAGUCCUCGCCUUCCCCGACCAAAACCUCAUAGACGACGGCCCCGACGCCCAAGAGUCCUUCAUGCGCUACUUCGGCAAACCAAAUUACCAGCCCGUCUCAGGCUCAAUUCGAAACCACCCAGCCUUCCACGUCAUCCACCGCGACGGCAACCGCGACGAAAUCGCCCGCUUCCUCGAAGCCCGCACCACAACAACCCUCUGGCACCAGGACGGCCCCGAGGUCGGCGGCGACACCGUCUUCAGCGCGACGGAUAUGGCGUAUAAGCGACUUAGUCCGACGCUGAGGUCGUUCCUGGAUACGCUGAAGGCAGUCCAUUCGUCGGCGAAAAUGAUUCAUCAUACCCGGUUGACGGGCGGGCUGGUGCGCAAGGAUCCGGUUGAUAGUGUGCACCCGCUUGUGCGUGUUCACCCUGUUACGGGUGAGAAGUGUUUAUUCCUGAAUCAGGAAUUUAUCACGAAGAUUCCGGGGCUGAAGGAGCCCGAGACGAAGUGGAUGUUGGACUUUUUGAUGAAUCAUAUUAUCACGGGCCAUGAUUUUCAGGCUAGGGUUAGGUGGCAGCCGAGGACUAUUGUUAUGUUUGAUAAUCGGUCGACGACUCACUCGGCUAUUGUGGAUUAUCUGGAUGAUGAGUAUGGUGCCAAGGCGAGGCAUAUCUUCCGCCUUGCUGCGUUGGGCGAGAAGCCGAUUCCCGUUUAUGAUGAGUUUGACGAGUAG